AUGGUCCAAGUGGCAUAUAAAGAUGUGAAAGUAUUUUGCAUAGACGGUAUAUGGCUCAGACGCCCAGCAUCAAAUGACCUCGCUGUCCGAGCCAACGUGCCUUCCAGCAGCCACGUCACUGAAACGGCAGCCAUGGAAGUGGAGUUACAAAAGUACCAGGUCAUUGCAGGCUCAGGGCUGGACGUCGGCUUCACUCUGAUCUCCCCGCACGGAUACAGAUUGGUCUCCGACUUCAGAAAAUCAGAUGGCAUACACACGGUGGACCCCACUGAGGAGGGCGACUACAGGAUUUGCUUUGACAACAGCUUCAGCCAUAUUUCAGAGAAGAUGGUGUACGUGGAGGUGAUCGUGGAUGGACCAGAGGAGGACGAUGAGAAUGAUGAAGACUGGGCUGCUCUGGCUGAACCAGAGGACUUGCUGGAGUACAAACUGGAGGAUAUCAGGGACACAAUGGAUGCUGUGCACAAGAACCUGGAGCGAAGUCGUCAGCUACAGACGACGCUGCGGGCGUUCGAGGCUCGUGACCGUUACCUGCUGGAGGAUAACCUGUGGCGGGUUUCCUUCUGGUCCAGUGUCAGUCUGCUGGUCAUGGUCAGCGUGGCCCUCACCCAGAUCUACACGUUACGAAGAUUAUUCAGUGACAAACACAGAGUUUGUACAUAGCAGAGAUGAACUGGAGAGGGAUGAUGUUGGAACACUGUAUGUUGGACUAAUGGAUUCUGUAAAUGAAGACCUGGAAACUCUCAGGUCCAAAAAAUACCCCUCUUGUUUAUGCUAGAAUUGAAGUGUUUGGAGCUAUCAGUGAAUCUGACCGGUUUUAAUUAUAAGAGUAAGCUAACACUGCUGAACACUAAAUUUACUUGAAGUAUAAAAAACAUUUGAAUGUAAUUUUGUACUUUUAAAACACUAUUGUUAAAAUAAUGUAUGAGAAUUAUGAGAAAUAAAUAACAUUGCGAUUACACAUUUCUUAUAGAUUUACACAGCAGGAAAAUAAAAAUCCAAGGG